ACGGGACAAAGCGAUCAGAAGAUCACACUUGCAACCGCAUUCUCUUGAGAGUCGAUCGAUAGCGUCAGUGUGGGCAAUAGGAUACAAGCCCGAAGCGAGAAUAUAUAUCCAUCCCGGCGCAGACUGAUGCCGAGAAACCCAGCAGUGGGUAUGCAGCAGAGCCUAGACGAUGAACAGCAUGUCGCUGCCAAGGAUGGACUGUUGGCUUCUUCGGUCCCCGUAUCAAGUCGGCCUGCUAGCGAGGCAAAGAGUUCAGCAGGUCGGCCCUACAAAAUACAGGACCGCGGGUCUCGAAAAGGACAUUUCCACGGACAGCAUUGGCGUCCAUACGCGGAUUCGUACCAAGGUUGCCAUCUGAACCCGACAUACCACGAUAGUAGCUCGUCUUGCGGUGAUACGACAAAAUUUCAAGUUUGCUGCAAUCGAAAAUCAUGUUGGUCUUCGAGACCCGUCUUCGAGUUCGACUCCUUUCGUUCCUGUGUAGAUUCCGUGCCCUUACAUCCAAUUGCCAGUGUCAAGCGACUAUCAGUGUAUGGAAAAAGAAUGCAUGCUCGCCGCAGACAUUUCCGAGAGCCUGUCGUCAUAAGAAAUUGGAGUGUGUGCAAUGAUCCUUAGUCUUUUCAACAGGUGUCAUGUAGUCAUUGGCCAGUAGUUUCUAUACUGUGCAUUGACGUGAUGCACCAGCUCUGCGUAAGUGGGCUGUACUGUACUCUACAGCACUGAAUGUACUCCGUCGAAUACCCCAUUAUAACACAAUUGGGGUCAUUGGAUCAAGCGCACCGAAUCGGGUCCAACGAUAACUAGCGUGUCCCACUCACAAAUCGCCGACAUCGGAUUGAUCGUCGCUGAGUCACAUCCCGGAACGGAACAACCACCCUAGACCCCGCCAUCACCGUAGGGGGCAAGUGUGUGUCAUAGGUCUAGCAGCUAC